UUUUAUGGAGAGCACACAGCAAGGCUUAUCACACACUCACGACACCAGCGCGACUCUCUGCAACAGGUGAACUCACUCCCGAGUGCUACACACACACUCACACACACGGCAGCUAUCAUGGGGAACCAACAGCAGUCAUGUCGCAUUAUCGUCCCAGUUGCCAUGUUAUUACUGGCGACUGUUGGUAUUCUUCUGCUCACCAUAAACACCGAGGACGUGAAGGAACCCGCACAGUUCAUGUAUGGUAUCGUCCUGGAUGCUGGAUCCUCUCAUACAGCUAUGUUUAUCUACAAAUGGCCCGCUGACAAACAGAACGACACUGGCAUCGUCACCCAGCAUAGCGAGUGCCAUGUGAAAGGCGGAGGAAUAUCAAGCUAUGCCGACCAAAAAGGAGGAGCUGCUCAUAGCCUGGAAAAGUGCAUGGAGCAGGCUUUGCAGGACAUUCCCAAGACAAGGCAUCAGGCCACGCCUUUGUAUCUUGGAGCCACAGCUGGCAUGAGACUACUGAACAUGUCUCAUCCCAAAAAGUCAGAUGCGAUUUUGAAGGAAGUAGAAGAGAAGCUGAAGAGCUAUCCGUUUCACUUCAAAGGGGCCACCAUACUAACAGGGCGAGAGGAAGGAGCAUAUGGCUGGGUUACCGUCAACUACCUGUUAGAGAACUUUAUCAAGUAUGGGUUUGUAGGCCACUGGUUGUCCCCUGGAAAAGAUACGGUCGGUGCGCUAGACUUCGGUGGUGCCUCUACUCAGAUUACCUUCGAAACCAAGGACAAGGUGGAAGACAAGAACAACCUGAUGACGCUGCAGCUGUACGGCAGAAACUACAGCAUUUACACUCAAAGCUUCCUGUGCUACGGCAGGGACCAGAUGUUACGCCUCCUGCUAGCUGAACUGGUUAAGUCUCAGGGCACAGAUGGACUCAUAACCCACCCUUGCUUUCCAUUGGGUUACAAUGUGUCCAAGACACUGGACAUGUUGUUCGAUUCUCCCUGCACAGCAUCCAGGAAACCCACUCCGUUUAACGGUGACAAGCAGCUUCAAAUUGUAGGCUCAGGGAACCACCAGCACUGCCUGGGGAACAUGUCUCAGAUCUUCUCUUUCCAGUCCUGCUCCUACUCCAAGUGCUCCUUCAAUGGCAUCUUCCAGCCCAGUGUUACUGGCAAAUUUAUGGCAUUUUCUGCUUUCUACUACACUCACAACUUCCUGCAGCAGGCCACUGGCAUCACCGUCACUUCUCCCAAGCUCCUAGAUGAGGCUGCCGUCACCGUCUGCAACAUGAGCUUCCAGGAGAUGCAGCGGAAGGUUCCAGAUCAGCGCAGCCGACUGCAAGACUACUGCACAUCCACGGUCUUCAUGCAGGUGCUUCUUCUGAAAGGCUACGGGUUUGAUCCGAACACUUUCUCCCGCAUCUCCUUCCAGAAGAAAGCAGGGGAUACGUCGAUUGGUUGGGCUCUUGGUUACAUCCUGAACCUGAGCAGCCUCGUGCCGUCUGAGAGCAUGUCCCUGAGAAAGGCUCUUUGUCCAGGAGCCUGGAGCAUGCUCCUCUUCCUCUUCACUUUCCUGCUCAUUCUAGCAGUCGUGUUUCUACUGGUGACCACGUGCUGCAAGAAGAAAGGAAAUGACAAUGUGCUAUAAUUAGGACUGUUUGCAAUGUUCCUAUGUUUUUAUGCAGUGAAUGGCAGGACAGUGGCAAAAGGGCUGAAGUAAAAUCAUGAUUUCAGUAGGUCAGGCAACAAAAAAAUAUGCAAUGGUACUACAGUAAAUAGCUUGAAUAAUCACUAUCAAUUUCACCUGUAGGAAAAAACUUAAGGGGGUCAAUUUUUAAAAAAUAAAACUAAAUAGAUUUAGGAUUUUGUUUGUUUGUUUGUUUGGAAUAAAUGCAUACAGGGUUACUUUAAGUAAAAUUUUAAGUAGGUUAUGUAGCACCUUUUGAUAAAGAUUUGGUUUAUGUAAAUGUUUUAAAUGAAACGUUAUGAUGCAAGAAUAUUUUUUUUUACAAUGUGUGCAGAUCUGUGAACUCAGGCACAAUGCGUUUUAUACUCUGAACUAUGAUGAAGAAAAGUUCUGAAUUCCUUCGCUCUGUAUGUGAUCAAUAAAAAAUAUUUUCUACA